AUCUUUUUAUUAGGCAGACCCAAACACAGACCAAAGGGGUAAGAGUGUAAAAAGAAAGAAACACAAGUUUAGCUGAGGAGAGAGAGAGAGAGAGAGAAGCACAGUAAACAUACGAAAACACACGUCUCGUUCCUCGAGCCAUCCGUUCACUACUCUCGAGAUUUCAUACUUCAUUCCAUUUUCUCACUAGUUUUCUGUUUGUUUUCUUUCAUUUAUUUAUGCCCCUGCUUUGGUGAGAGGGAGAGAUUUGCAGAGCUGGAAAAUCUCCAUUGAUGAUGAUUCAUUGGAUUUCUUGGGUUUGACGGACUUUUCAUGAAAUACCCACAGAGGGAGUUUUAGCUCAUUCAUGGGUUGAGCUCUGAUAGUAAAUGAUGGGGAGUUUUUGUGAGGAAGAAGAUCGAUUCUUCGAUACCCACGAAGACAUCACCUCUGUGUCUGAUUCUGGGUCUGAUGGACCAGAAAUUUUUGAUUUUAAUCCAGGAGUUGUUGAUUUUGUACCAUCUGGAAUUGGUUUUGAGGUUUGGCUUAAAUGCCCCGAAAGCAUUUAUGAACGCCGUAAUAAUUUCCUCAAACAGAUGGGCUUAAGUUCAGCAGAAAAUGAGAAGGAAGGUACCCGAGAUACUAAACGGGAAGUGGAGAUCGAAAGAGUUAUGGAAAACAGUGGGGCAGUUUUAAGAAAUUCAGUUUUUGAUGAUGAGUAUUCAUCGAGCCAAUCUUCCAUGUCUUAUUGGUCAAAUGAGGCUCAAGAGUUGUUAGAUGGUGUAUUGGAGGAGAAUUUUGAAUGGAGAAUAAAAAAUUUGGAUGACGGGAGUGAGUUCAUUGUGGAUGGACUAGGCCAGGAUGGCUUGCUGAGAAGACUUCGCAAAGUGGGCUCAAAUCGUUUGAUCACCAUUGAAGAGUUUGAGAGAAAUUUGGGUUUAUCUUCUCUAAUUCAGCAAGAAAUGCAGACACGAGUACAAGAGAUUUGCAAUUCAGAGGAGGUAAUGAAACAAGUGAAGAGAGGAUGGUUGACGAGAUUAGGUGCUAUAGCUUGCAUUGUUGAUAGGGAAGUUGAAGCAGGUAGUUUGAAAUCUGAUUAUUCCCAUCCAAUCGUCGGUGCCAAGGGCGAAAAAGUCAAGGUUCGCCCCUAUAGAAAGCAAUCCAAGGAAUUGUCAGCCCUUUAUGUGGGUCAAGAUAUCUUGGCUCACACAGGUUCAAUUUUGACAAUGAAGUUUAGCCCCGAUGGUCAGUACCUUGCAAGUGCUGGUGAAGAUGGAAUUGUGCGAGUAUGGCAGGUGAUCGAAUCGGAAAGAUCAGAUGAGUUUCAUGUUCCUGUUGUUGAUCCUUCAUUUGCAUACUUCACAGUUAAUCAUCUUUCCGAACUAGUUCCCCUCCAGGAUGAGAAAGAGAGAAAAUGUAAAUUAAAGAGCCUGAGGAAAGCAUCAGAUGCAGCUUGUGUUAUUUUCCCUCAGAAAGUUUUCUCUAUCUCGGAGAAACCACUCCAUGAGUUUCACGGGCACUGUGGUGAUGUUUUGGAUCUCUCAUGGUCAAAAAAUAAAUUUCUUCUGUCAUCAUCUGUAGACAAAACUGUUCGCUUGUGGCAGGUGGGAUCUGAUCAAUGCCUAAAAGUUUUUUCACACAACAAUUAUGUUACAUGUGUUGAGUUUAAUCCCGUGGAUGAUAACUACUUCAUCAGUGGCUCCAUAGAUGGGAAAGUACGAAUCUGGGCAAUUUCUGGUUGUCAAGUUGUUGAUUGGACUGAUAUAACAGAGAUAGUCACGGCCGUGUGUUAUCACCCUGAUGGAAAGGGUGGAAUUGUUGGCUCCAUGACCGGUAAUUGUCGCUUUUAUGAUGCAUCAGAUAAUCAUCUUCAGCUGUAUGCUCAAGUAUGCAUACAGGGCAAGAAGAAAUCACCCUUCAAGAAGAUAACUGGUUUUCAAUUUUCUCCAAGUGAUCCAAAAAUAUUAAUGGUCACUUCUGCUGAUUCACAAGUCCGGAUCCUUCAUGGGAUUGAUGUGAUCAGCAAAUACCGAGGCCUUCAUAAUGGAGGUAGUCACAUAUCAGCGUCGUUCACUUCAGAUGGGGUGCAUAUUCUCUCGGCAAGUGAGGAUUCUAAUAUCUACAUGUGGAAUUACAAUUGCCAGGACGGGCGUUUGUCCUCCCAAGUAAAGAGCAAUUGGUCGUGUGAGCGAUUCUUCUCAAACAAUGUAUCGGUUGCUAUUCCUUGGUGUGGAGCGACACAUGGGAACUCUAUCUUAUCUGAUGUCUUAGCAACAUCUUCAUCCCUAACACUUUCUGUGAACCUACCAAGAUGUGGCUCGGAAAACGGAUCACAGCUGCAGCGCCACAAUGAGAGGUCUCGCACCAAAUUCCCGUUCACCUCGCCUGAUUUCUCCCUGAGCCACGGGCUCUUUUCAGACCCUCUGCCCAAGGGAUCGGCGACGUGGCCGGAGGAGGAACUUCCUUCUUCAAGCUCACUUGUUGUCUCUUCUGCUGUGUGCAAAUCUCAGUACAAGUUUCUGAAAGUGUCAUGUCAGAGCAUGUUUGGUUCUCCUCAUGCUUGGGGUUUGGUGAUUGUAACAGGCAGUUUGGAUGGGCGGAUCAGAUCGUUCCAGAAUUAUGGAUUACCCAUACGUGUUUAAGACCAUAAGAGCUUUGCUCUGCACAUUCUUCAGUGAUUCUGUUGAAACCUAUCUUCGGUUUUGCCCAAACAGGCGAAAUGCAUUAUUCUUCUGCUACCAUCUCAAAGCUGAUUCUUGACAUUUACGACCCCAGUACACAUGCAUGUGCGCUUGAUGUUGCAUCAAAACGAGUGUAGUUCCUUGGUGUGCUGUGGUUUUGCCAUGACAGGAUCAUAUGCUGGUGGGGGCGUUGUUCCUUGGGUACUGUAACGUCAACCCAAAGGUUUUUCAUUGGAUUCUAUAGUCGCUGUAAUUAAUAUCAUUCUUUUAUUUGUUAUACCGUGAGAAUUCCAUGGCUAAUCUCCUUGAAAAGGAAGAGAGGACUAUACCAUGGAGGUUUCUGUGGGGUCAAGCUGAUGUGGUUGGGAUUUAACCGCGAAAUACUUGGGUGGGGUUUUCCAGCUUUCGUGAUUUGUUGAAUGGUUGAAUAAUUGGCUUGCUUGUCUGCCUAACAUUGCAUUUCCCUCUCUUGGACUGUUCUGUUGGUGGACCAGUUGCAUCUGGGAAACAUAACUGAAAUGGCGGUCAAUAGCACGUGAAUUUGUUGAGUAUCUUUUUCUGUGAUGACGCUUUUUGUUUUGACCUGUAUAUAUGUUUUUCUAUCAUCGUGUCACGCUAAGCUUUCUGGGUUUUGGGGCUUGAUCGACAAAAUAGACCCGUAACUCUCAGAGCCAUGGACCGUAAAGUCCAGGUUAUCUUUUAUUGUUCAGUUUAACUUACAGAAACUCCAGGGUUGUAUUUACAAAUUUUGGUUUUCCUGGAAUGCCUUUGGUGGCAAAUAUAGGGUUCUUGACUAGGUUAAAUUGUAUUGGAUUGAUAUAUGUUAAUUUGACUGUAAUAUUACUUUGGAAAACUAGUUAUUGGAUUGAUAUAUGUUGAUUCAACUGUAAUAUUACUUUGGAAAACUAGUUUUUGUUCUC